UUCUUCCUCAUAGGUCGUUAUACUGCAGCUGUGUUUGUAAACAGAGGUCUUGCGUAUAAAUGUUUUCUUGAAGCUUGCUUAGACAGUUACAGAUAUAGUAAUGGCAGAAAAAGAGGAGAAUGAGAUUAUUGAGCACCAUGUUAGUGAGGAAAUGGAAAAGAAAAGAUCCAGGACAAGAGAUUCUCAUUCAUUUCUGGAGAGUGCCACCAUCUCUGAGAAGGAGGGGCACAGCAGUACCCAGUCCUCACACCGGCUGCUAGCCUUCAGCGAUGCACUCAUCUCCAUAAUAGCUACUAUUAUGAUUUUGCCUGUAGCACAUACAAAGAUAGAGCCAGACCAGGAACUACAAGAAAGUUUACAGCAGCUCCUGACAACAAAAAUUGCUGUGUACCUAAUGACCUUUUUAAUAGUCACUGUGGCUUGGGCUGCACAUAUCAGAUUAUUCCAAGUAAUUGAGCGAAUAGAUGACUUCCUAGCACUUCUUAACCUGGCAUGUAUGAUGCUAAUUACUUUCCUGCCAUAUACAUUCUCCUUGAUGGCUACAUUCCCAGAAGUUCCACUUGGAAUUCUGUUAUUCUGUGCUUGUGCAAUAGUUAUAGGUCUGAUUCAGGCUGUGAUUGUCAUAUACGGAUUUGGCCAUCCUUACCUAUUGAAUGACCACAUACAGAUAUCAGAAAACCAGACCUUCUACAAACGCCACAUAUUAAAGAUUAUUUUAAGAGUCCCUGCUUUCUGCUUUUUUGCAGGGAUCUUUUCUUUCAUAUUUUUCCCGCUGUCAUACGUUCUCCUUGCCCUGGUCAUCUUCCUUCCUUACAUAACCCAGUCCUUAAAAUGGUGUGGAAACAAGAUUGUUGGUCGUCAAGAGGAGCUUCCUGAGAGCAUGUUGCUCUACUCAUACCACCCAAGUGAGCCUCUCAGCAAAGAGCGGGUUGAAGCCUUUACAGAUGGGGUAUAUGCUAUUGUAGCCACACUUUUAAUUUUGGAUAUAUGCGAGGGCAAUGUUCCUGAUCGUAACGAGGUGAAGGAGAAGUAUCAAGGCAGUCUGAUUGCAGCUCUCAGCGAGUUUGGCCCCGAGUUCCUGGCUUACUUUGGCUCUUUUGUGACUGUGGGGCUCCUCUGGUUUGUUCAUCAUUCACUGUUUUUGCACGUAACCAAGGCGACAAGGUUCAUGGGCCUACUCAAUACGUUUUCACUGGCGUGUGUCGGGGGCCUUCCUUUGGCCUAUCAGCUUACUCACGAGUUCACAAAAAACUCACGCAACGAACUGGAGGCCAUCCAGAUCAGCUGCGUCAUCAUCUUUUUCGCUGGCAUCUUCCAGCUCGCCAUUUGGGUCACUGCCCUCUUCAAUGAAAGGGAAACUCUGCAUCCAUACGUGAGGUACGGGGGCAGAGAACAUGCUUUCAUGUUUGCCAAGCUUGCCCUGUACCCCUCCGUCACGCUCACCACUUUCUUCCUCACUUGCAUUUUGAGUAAGUUCAGUGCCCAGAUUUUCCAUCUCAUGCAAAUCAUUGUGCCGUUUGCUUUCCUAGCCCUUCGUGUUCUUGUCAGCGUUGCCUUGUCACUUUUAAAGUUAGUGUUUCGUCCGGCCAAACCGAUGCACAAUGCAUUAGAGGAAGAUGAAAGUCGUUUGCCGUUCAAUGAUGUCGUGUCUUAGCCUAGAUUUUAAUAGAAUUACAAGAAAAAAAAUCUGUUGGGUUGGUUGCCUUUAUUUUUCAACUUCGUUUUGAAAUGGCUCUACCUUUUAUGGUAAUUGAAACCAUUAGUGCAAGUACUUCAAUAGUGACCAUAAAUAUUGCUUGAAGGAGUUUGAUACUAUGACUCAUGAAGCAUCAGUUCUAUCAUUUAGGUAAAAGUAAAAUAUUUCAUGAGACGAGAAUGGACAGGUUGUGAAACGCUGCAUUACCUUCGCCCCCCUCUACUUUCUGUUGUGUCAGAGAGAGGCUUUUAACUGUUCGUUCUUUGGCUUUAACAAAUGGACAUUAUGAAUGAACUCCAUUCUCAAGAAUGAAGUUCAUUCAUAUUAAGGUACAUAUAAAUGUUACUUUUGCUUUUAAAGAAAAGCCUACUGUAAUUAGCCCAUCCAGGAAAGCACAGUCACUUUAAGCUAAUGCAACUGAAACUCACCUAUAACUUACGUACAACUCACCUCAUCCAAAUAGUCUUUCCAAUACCUUUUUAUCUGUUUCAUUACACAAUUAAUUGCUAGCUGACAGAAAAGCUUACCUAAGUCAGUUUGCUCUAGUCUAGAGGAAAGUGCCAAGACCUGUUACUUGGAGCACAUUGCUUAAUUCGGGAGAUUUAUAGCAAUAAAUAGUGCCCACUUUAUUACACUGUAAGUUUAGAGCCAGUUCAACAGUAAAUGCUGCAGUAGGAUUUUAUCCAAUUAAAAAAAAUAUAUAUAAAAAAUAAUCUGGAAACAUUCUUCAUUUAUUUUGUUGUUGAUCGUUUUUAUAAAUGCUUUUAUUUUAAAUUCUAUGAUAAUUUGUAAGUGCAUUUUUAUAUUAUUGUGCUAAGCACAAAGAGUUUGUCAACUGCUAAUGGGCCUGCCAGUAGAAAACGGUCCAUAAAAUGGACUCUUUGUUGUUUAUAAUUCAUUGGAUUAUUAUCCUGAGAUCCCUUCCUGCUGAAUGUUGUUUUUCAUUCAUGUUCAAUAAGGGUUAAUGAUUUCUGUAACAUGUUUUAUGAUUGUAAUGUAUUUUUGUCAAUCAUCUUUUUUUUUUUUUUUUUUAUUGUUGCAUUAAAUGCGUAAUGCAGAUUUAUCCCAUUAGAUGGCACUGUUGUGUAAGCAUUCUGUUACAACUUGUUUAACCAGUAUAAUUAGGCUGUGUAUAGCAAGCGAAGGACUGGUUCCUGUUUUUCAGUUACUAUACCUAGUACCAGGCUUGCAGUGUCAUUGGCAGAACUGUGCAUGUAAAAAAAUGUUUAACCUUGUAGACUGCUGGCGAGUACACUGACUGCCACCCUACAGAGCUAGUACACUGACUGCCACCCUGCAGAGCUGACUGCCACCCUGCAGAGCUAGUACACUGACUGCCACCCUGCAGAGCUGACUGCCACCCUACAGAGCUAGUACACUGACUGCCACCCUAGAGAGCUAUCUCCCUCUGUCACGCAAAUUGAUCAGUGAGCCACUGACACUGGCCUGUAUUGCUGUUGGGUAUUUGAAGGCAUUUAGACCCUGGUAUCUACAUGCUGUUAUAAAUAUGAUACAGGAAGCCAACAUAAGUGCACCUUCCAGUUACCUGUGCUAUACAGCUCCUCUUUUUCAUAUGUAUAAAUAGUCCUGGUUCCAUUUUCAAAAUACCUCACUGGAUAGCAGCCAUUUAGGAAGUCAUGAUUGGGGAAGCCUAUGUCUUAUGUUAACUUUUGGGCUAAUGAAGCUUCUUAUUGUUGUUUUGCUUUCGUGUAUAAUUACAGUGAGUUGCUUUUUACAGUGGUCGACACACUUUCAUUCCAGGUUCCCAGUCAAGUCCCAGUUUUAGCUGUCAGAAUGUCCUAGUGCUAGUUAAUAAAAUACUUUUUAUUAGCAUGUAAUUAUAUCUUUAUUGAUAUGAUGGUUGGCAGCAUUGAUGUUCACAGGGCACACUCCAAUACCUACACUGCAACUCUACUAUUUAUAGGCAAACUGUAUACAAGCUUGGGUAGUGAGCGGAACUGUGCUCGUAUAAAAACUGAGCUGUUCCAAAACCUGAAACUGCAAAAUGGAAGUUUUUAUUUUGUUUGUUUGUUUGGGUCUGAAUAAAACUGAAUAACUGCU